CGCCGCCUCCCUGGUGGUAUCACCUUAUCAGUGGACUGAUCGCUGCUGGACCCCAUAUACCUAGACCCCUUUCUCUCUCCUCUCCGCUCAUCUGCCCCCUAUCAUUAUCGCCUAUUGUUAUCUGAGACCGCAAUGAAUGGGAAUACCAAGCCAGCGUUGCAGCUUACCUGCUGGACAGAUUGAUUAGACUUGGACAGAAAUACUACACCCCGUCGCCUGCAAAGCCAGAAUGUCGUUUUUCUUCGGUCGUCGUCAUUCCAUCUCAUCCGCAGCCCCGGCCCAGGCCGACAGCCUUCCGCGGAGUGAGAGAGGCAGAAGAGCUUCGGUGCCAAAUCUUGCCGAUCACAAUUCGGGUACCCACCCGAAAGGCAUGAUCCAUGAUAUCUUCCGGAAGCAUCGGGGGGACUCAGGAACAGGUUCAUCGGGAGCUGUACAAACCACUAAGACGGAUGAGCAUGCAGAUUCCCACCAUCGUCACGAUAGCGGCGUGCAUGACUCGCCGGGCGAACAUCAUCCUGGUAAGGUCAAUACGCCGCAUAGGUUGCACCAUAAUCCGUGCCCGUCGCCCCAGAGCCAGCUCACCAAAAAGGAUGUCGAGACGAUAUUCUCGGGGGCUCCAUACUUUCUGCUAGAAAAGGGAAAGCACGGGCUCUGGUACCCACAGAUAAUCUUUCCUUUCGACGAUCACGAUCCUACAAUUCAGAAUCUCUGGGACAGGCGGCCACUUCCCCAUGCCUCAUACACACUGUGCACCCUCCACGCACAUCUGCCAGUGCCGGACGAUUGGGUGAUUGAGAGGGAGACACCGGUUCAUCUCGGAGGUUGGAAACGAACCGAAGCUCCAAAGCGGGCGACAUUCGACGUCGGUGUUCUCGAAGUGCCCAACAUGCUUUCGGUAAACGGAAAAGACCCCGGGACCAUCGGGUUCCGCCAUUUCCUUGAACUCCCGGUUGCCGAUUCAGCCCUUUACAUUAGCCCCGAAAGACCACGGCCGUGCGCCGAGCUCCUUCAUCUAUCAUCUCUGCCGGCAACAGAGGCAUAUGAGCUGAUGGGACAUUUUAAUGAUUCGUAUGCGCAGUGCUCAGAUGGUACCAUUCACGAUCGGAAAAAGCUGCUCUGCGAAGGUCCUGUUGCCUGGAAAAGGAUCGGCGUUCGCGAUGUUAACCUCCAAGCCUUAGUCGAGCGUCUGCAGGCAUUGAAGAGCCUUCGCUACGAAAUACUCCACGGGGAUGUGCCCAAGACGCUCCUUGAUAUGGAAUCGACACGCGAGUUGUAUAGUGGCCUGUUCAAUCGAUUUCUGUAUCCACCUGUUCGGUUUCUGCUUCCGGAUGCUGGUGACCCUCACAGUCUAAAGGCUCAGAUCAGAGCUUUGACAGUAGUGCUAGCCACUCCAGGAGCGUGGCUUGACUUCAGUCUGAUCGACUGGCGCUUGCAUAUUGGACAAGUCCUGUUUGAGAAUGCUCCACACGGGGACGGGGAUUCGCUCGACCCUUCCAAGUCUGAUAAGCCCUGGGUUCAUGCUGGUAUCGAGCGCAAGUGGUUCCUCGUCCAGAUGCUGCUCGCUGCAGAGCUGCUUCUGCGUCUAGAUGCCACCGUUCGAGUGGGAAUGCUACAGAAUUCUCGGGAGCUAGAUAUCUCAGUGCAUGACGUGUACGACUUCGACCGGCUACGAAACGGAAAGCUGAACUGGGAUCUGGUAGUAGUACGUCGUUUUUUGGAUAGUUUCAACUUCACCUACAACUCGGUUGAUCCUGGUGUCUCAUCUCCGACUGAAUGCCCUUCACAUAAGUCAGUUGACAGGCAUCAUCAUCGUUCAUUCUUUGAAACCUUAACCCACCGGUCAUCAACGUCGACAAAUCAUGGCGAGUUAGCCUGGAGAUGUCAUCUUGUUCCUAGCCAUGUUGACCAGCAGCUCAACGGACUGUUUGUCUUUGCUGAGAACCUCGGCUGGCCACGGCUCGCCGAACUCAAGAGUGCACUGCGAUCCAAGCUGGAGGGGCAGGGAUCUGACCAGAGGAUCAAAGACGCAUACACGGUCCCUCUGAGAAAUUUCCUGCCAGAAGGGUAUUCGGCAUCGGGUUUGAAAAAAGAAAUGUAUAGCCGAUGUCCGUCUCGCCGGUUACUCCUACUUCAUUCCUCUGAUGAUACAUAUCCCCUAGACAUUGGUGGCUGGAUCACGCGUAGCUGGCUCGCGGGCUUGGUUAUCCCCGGCGAGUCUAUCAGUCACCUUCUCAUGGGGACGAUCUUGGAGAAUGAUACUGACGCGAUGGUUACCCUUGGACCGGUCGCUAAUCUUUACGGUGGAUUCGCCUACAAUGGAAAGACCUGGUGGAGCAAGAAAUGCGUUGUUGGUCGAGUUUUAGCAGGCCAGGGGGGUACGAAGGUUUGCUUGGCCUGGCUAGCAAGUUGCAUAAUCCCAAAAGACUCGCAAAACGGGCAACCGUUGGACAACACGUGGUUUGAGGUGGAGGUGAAGGAGCCACCUCGGAAAUCAGGCAAGCCACGCAUCAAGCAUGGGAACAAACUCUCGUUCGACUCGACGCCACUGGGACUAGGGGAGCUAACGAGCGGGACCUUCUUACUGCCAGUGGAUGGGCCAUGCAAUAACUGGUCAAAAGCGAAGAUCGACUUCCAGGACCUCACCUUCUCAGUCGACCCGAAGCGGGCGCAGUCCGGAAGUAACCGCCUGGCAGUAGCCCAAGAAGCAUGGGCCAAUUUCACCCUCUCCAACACUUCGAGGGGUCCUAUUCCAGUCUCUUUCCCAUUAACGUAUAACGUGCGAUUCGUUUCAUCCCACGAAUGCCGCCCGCCAGGUGGAUCGGUUAACUACCACAAUCGUACGGGUGCCAACGAGAGCGACUUAUCGUCAUCAUCGUCCAGCCAUGCCUCCCAUAGACACCAUCGGCUGCCUGGUCACCCGUUGCACCGGUCGUACGGGUUCAAGUGGGUUUCACUUGACACUUUGACGGAGAGCACAUCGUCCUCCGAGGACAAUGGCAACGGGCUUGCGAAGGAAGAAAUCCUCAUUCUAGAUGCGCGGGGUUCCCACAAUAAAGAAACCUUUGCGCGAGCGUGGUGUGCGUCUGUGGGGCAUCAUGCCAUCAUUGGGAAGGCUGGCCGGACCUGCGUGGCGUGCUGCAUUCGGGAAGCCCGGGCAUUGCAGGUGAACAUUGUCAUCCGGAUCGGGGACGGUCUUCUGACGCCCGCCUCGUCGAUUCAGGUGUUGUAUGGUGGGGAAUAGUCUAGAUUCAAGAUUGCAGGAUAGAAGGGGGCGGGUUGUU